UGUUCCAGUGUAGCAAGCUAAGCUAUCAUCUAUCUAUCGACCGAGCCGUUUCUGAGAUCAGUAGUAGUGGAAGAACGAAGGAAGCAGAGCAAGCAAAGCAAUGGAGCUCCCUCGGAAGCUCUUCUCGGCCGUCCUCCUCGUGCUGCUGCUGCUCGUGGCCACAGAGGUCGGCGGGCCGGUGGGCGUGGCGGAGGCGCGUACGUGCCUGUCGCAGAGCCACAGGUUCCGUGGCCCCUGCGUGCGUAGGGCCAACUGCGCCAACGUCUGCAGGACGGAGGGCUUCCCCGACGGCAAGUGCCGCGGCUUCCGCCGCCGCUGCUUCUGCACCACGCACUGCCGGGAGUGAUCAACCCAGGGGAGCUGCAUGCAUGCGUGCCUUUUAGUUGUGCUGCCGCCUGCCGGUGUUGAAUAAUCGGCGGCCUAGUGUGCCCGUGUGUCUUUUUUUUUUAAUCGCCUCGCUCUGUUUAAUGAAGGUUUUGAUUUUUUU